AUGGCGGAUCGUCACCGUCAACAAGACAAGGAUAGCCCACAGGCAUCGCGAGGGGCACGCUCCAAGGUCUUUGAGCAACGCGACGAUGAGAAAUUCGCGACAAUCGAACUCGAGGAGGCCGUAGUCACCGAGGCGGAAAGCUCGACACUGAGCCCGGCCAGCCCUCCCCCGCAACCUGAACAAGACAUCGAGCGCGUUCCGCAGCCGAUUCACGCCCCUUCUCCACGACCACAACGGGGGGCACGCGAAGCGAGUGUUGAUAGCCAAGACGGGUAUCAUACACCUUCGGAGUUCCCUCAAGAAGAGCGCGAACCUGCUGCUAGCUCGCGAGAGCAACCUACACGCCCUCACGAUAGGCAAACAACCAACCAUGCGCCAACCGAGCCGCAGUCUCGUCCGGGUACGAACACAGCUCCUGCACUAUCUCCCCAAGAAGAGCGUAGCUUGGCCGCCAUUCCCCAAGACCAGAGCGCACUGCUUCAUGAAACUGGUAGACAUGUCGUCAACACCCCACCGACCGGCCCGCGACCUCGUCUGGGUAACAGUCUAGCAUAUCGGCUUUUCGAAAGCUUCCUGCUUGCCCAAGACGAGCCCAUUCCACCUGUUGACAUGUCCACCAAUGAAGGGAAAAACCGCUUCAUUCAAGUCCUACAAGACUUUUUCCAGUACGCAGCGCGUCGACCAGAAUCAGAUGGAGGUAUCGUCAGGCGUGGGGGACUUGGACUAGACAUGGGCAACAUCUUGACCGUCCUCUUUCCUGGAUUCGCUGGCUUUACAGCUCUUGUCCUUUCCCAGCGCGCCAACAGCGUUCCUAAACAAGUCCGACGACCGCUUGGAACCUUCUUACGCAAGGGCGAUCUGUUCUGGGCAGUCACCAACGAAUGGGUUGCUGAUAAACACCAAGAACUUGGAGACAAAUCCGCACCAACCAACUAUGGACCCAUCUUGACAGCCUUCCGGCUUCAAGUAGUGGUAGACUCCGAUCCAGACAUGCUACAUGUCGUCUACGGUCGCUGCAGACAGUUCAGUGGGCUGGAAAAGAUUCCCGAUCGUCAGAAAUGGAAGAAUCUUCGACUGCUUGACGAAUCGCUACCAGAUAACCAGCCUGGGAAUGACAGCCCCCACGGCAACGCCCGAGUUCUGGUAGGAGAUCAAUGGGACAAUUGUAUGGCUAUCAACUCGCUUUGCCACAUCAAUGUGGUCGAAGUGCAGUCAAUCACAACCAUGCCCUGGGGGUGGAUCUAUGCUGGCCGUCUAUCGGGCGACGCACUUGCCAUGUUAGACAACCUUCGGAAAGCGUAUUUCAACAAGAAUGCUGACAUCGCUCCGGUGCCUCAGGAGCUCAGCGUUCUCGCAACCCGUAUCAAGGAUACGGACAACAACGCCGGCCCGGUGAUCGAGCACAGGAUAGGGGCCGCCAGGAUCAGCGUGACACCUAUGGCCGAACCCGUCCAAAUUCGCAUCCGCGUCCGCGUACCCGUAGUCGUUCACCCCGUCCAAGGGACGACCAUCGUCGAGCACGAUCUCGCGAUGACCGUCACUACCGACCAGAAAACUACGAAGGUCAGCAUCCGCGCCGCCAUCAAGACGAUCGCCCUGCUGAGACGCGUCUCGGCGAUCAUGUCCACACUCGGCCCGUGUUCCAUCCCGUGA